CUCAGAGUCACACAGAAGAAGUCUUCAAACUACCGCUGAGGAGCUCAACGAUAUUAUUUUUACGCGUUUAUUGUUUUAUUUAGUGAAAUUAAAUCAUGACGUCAACAAAGGAGCUUUUAGAGAUGGAUCUUUACGCGUUAUUGGGUAUUGAAUCGACAGCAACAGAGAAACAGAUCAAGAAAGCGUACAGACAGAGAGCGCUGUCCUGCCAUCCGGAUAAAAACCCAGACAAUCCCAAAGCCGCGGAGCUCUUCCACCAGUUGUCUCAGGCUCUGGAAGUGUUGACAGACGCCGCCGCCAAGGCUGCGUACGACAAGAUCCGCACUGCUAAAAAACAAGCCGAGGAGAGAAACCGAAAGCUCGAUGACAAGAGGAAGAAGAUUAAACUGGAUUUGGAGGCACGUGAACGGCAGGCAGACACUGUGAAAACAGAGGAGGUUAAGAUCACACGCACAUUAGAAGAGGAGAUCGCCCGUCUGAGGGAGGAGGGUUCACGAGAACUACAGGAGCAGCAGAGACUCAUACGAGAGCAGAUCCAGAGAGAGACAAACACACACACAGACUCUUCGACAGGACACCAGGGCAGCAAAAAUGUGACUCCUAAACUGAAGUUGAAGUGGAAGUGUAAAAAAGACGAUGCCAGUAACGCCGGCUAUUCUCACGAAUGUCUUCAAAUCCUCUUUCAGAAGUAUGGAGACGUCUUGAACGUUCUGAUAUCCAGUAAGAAGAAAGGCAGUGCUGUGGUGGAGUUCGCAUCAGUAAAAGCAGCUGACCUGGCGAUUAAAAACGAGAACGGCCUGACGGGAAACCCACUGAAGAUCACAUGGCUGGAGGGCCAGUCUGCCCCGACGACACACACCGACUCCGCGGACGGGCUUUACAGCGCCGCACAGAGUUGUCUACGUAACGAGCGUGACUACGAGAGUGUGGUGCUGAUGCGACUGAGACAAGCUGAAGAGAGGAAGAGGCUGAUCGAGGAGAUGAAGAGAGAGGAAGAGGACGAGACGGCGUGACCUCACACACACACACACACACACACACACACUUUGACCUUUGAUUUUACAGGAAUUAAACAUCAAUAAAGCCCUUUUG